UUUUAUUUAGAGGCGGUGCUUGUUGGCUCCAGAGAAGCGUCGUAACGACACUUUUUCCCCCCAGUCCCUGUAAAAAGAGUUAGACCGGGGCCAGAGUUGGUGCUGGGGGGUCGCCUAUAGUUUAGUAAUUUCCUGGGGGGUAAAUCCUAGGUUUUUUUUUAACCCGUCAGAUUUUCUAUUUCAUUUUAUUUUUUAUUUUUUUUACUACUCUGAAUUAUCGCCACUCUCACUGUUAAGAUCUGAUAUCCCCACGAGAUUUUUCCUUCCAGAUCAUGAACAAACUAUAUGUUGGGAAUUUAAGUCCUUCGGUCACUGUCGAGGACUUGAAGGAGCUCUUUGGGGAGAAGAAGCUGCCAGUGGCCGACCAGGUCCUCCUGAAAUCCGGCUAUGCUUUUGUGGACUUCCCCGACCAGAACUCGGCCAUAAAGGUUAUAGAGACUCUUUCUGGUAAUGUUGAAUUACACGGAAAGGUGAUAGAGAUAGACUACUCUGUUCCAAGAAAACUAAGGAGUCGUAAGAUCCAGAUCCGGAACAUUCCCCCUGAUCUACAGUGGGAGUGAAUACUGACACAGAAACAGCAGUGGUGAAUGUUACAUACGCAACCAAGG